AUGGUCAGAGGAAGUGCACGAAUUAAAGCUGGUGGUAUAAAUAUGGCUCAAGAUGGUCCACAAAUUAUCAAACCUCUAACAUUAAAUAUGAGUUUAUUUCAAUUUUUAAGAACUGGUUAUUUUGAAAAAGAUCUAUUAACUUAUUGUGCUAAUCGUCUUGCUGAAUAUUCAUGUAUAUAUUGGCUUGAUCCUACAGUGAAUGGAAAUAGUGAUUCAAUGGAAUCGAACUUAGCGUUUACAACAAUGACUAGUCGUCAAAUCGAUUUAACGUCCAAUGAAAGUUUCACACUUCUAUUUAGUAUCAGAAUAGGACAAACAACAGUUAAGAACUCUCUAUCUGAUUUACAUUGA